CUCAAUCUCAAUGUGAUUUAAUUAUUUCUCAACCAAAUUCUUCUCAAACCAGUCCAUCAUCUCCCAAAAUUACCUCCCUCACACCUCAAAAGAGAAUAUUUUAUCUCUCGUCAAAGACAUUCCAUAACUAGGGAUUCAAAAGAGGUCUUAAACAUAUGGAUAUCGAGGCACACCAGUCAAACACAUGGGAAGGCUUUGUGGAUUGGAGAAACAGACCUGCCUUAAAAGGCCAUCAUGGUGGCAUGGCUGCAGCCUCCUUUGUGUUAGCUGUAGAGAUAUUGGAGAACUUAGCAUUCUUGGCUAAUGCAAGCAACCUCGUGCUAUACCUGUCAAGGUUUAUGCACUUUUCUCCUUCCUCUGCUGCCACAACGGUGACCAAUUUCAUGGGCACAGCCUUCCUCCUCGCUCUCCUUGGUGGCUUUCUAGCAGAUGCUUUCUUCACCACUUACUCAAUCUAUCUGAUAAGUGCUGGAAUUGAGUUUAUGGGACUGUUAAUACUCACAAUUCAAGCUCAAAUACCAUCUCUGAAGCCCUCAACAUGUGCUUCAGUAAAAAGCUUCUUCAGUCAUUGCCAGGAAGUUGAUGAGUGGGAAAGAGUGAUGUUGUUUUUAGGCCUUUAUUUGGUGGCACUUGGAGUUGGGGGAAUAAAAGGCUCACUUCCUCCACAUGGGGCUCAGCAGUUCGAUGAAAGCACCCCACAAGGAAGGAAGCAAAGAUCAGAAUUCUUCAACUAUUUUAUCUUCUGCCUCUCUUGUGGAGCUCUAAUUGCAGUGACUUGGGUCGUUUGGAUUGAAGAUAACAAAGGUUGGCAAUGGGGUUUCGGAACUGCCACUGUAACAAUACUUGUAUCUAUUCCACUUUUCCUCCUAGGCUCCCCAUUUUACAGGAGCAAAGUUCCAACAGGAAGCCCUAUCACAACCAUGUUGAAGGUUCUGGUGGCAGCUAUAUGCAAUUCCAUCAAACCCCGAAACUCAAACAAUGCCAUCAUGAGCAUGAACACAAUCGAAACCAGCGAAGGAAAUAAAGAGAACACUACCAACAAAAAUAUCUCAACUCAAACAGAGAGCCUUAAGUUCCUAAACAGAGCUUUGAAACACAACCCUUCUCAUCCAAAUCUACAAUGCACAAUAAAACAAGUCGAAGAUGUGAAGAUAGUGAUAAGAAUUCUACCAAUUUUCAUGUCAGCAAUAAUGCUCAACUGUUGCCUAGCUCAACUCUCCACCUUUUCAGUCCAACAAGCAGCGACCAUGAACACCAAGCUCGGCUCCUUCAAAAUCCCACCAGCCUCACUCCCAGUCUUCCCCGUCCUCUUCAUCAUGAUCCUCGCCCCUGUAUACAACCAUAUCCUCACACCAUGUUUCAGAAAACUAACCAAAACCGAAAUGGGAAUCACUCACCUCCAGCGCAUCGGAACAGGGCUAGUUCUUUCGAUCUUGGCCAUGGCAGUUGCUGCUCUAGUCGAAAUCAAGCGAAAGAACGUGGCUAUUCAAUCCGGGCUUGUAGAUUCGAUUCAUAAACCUUUGCCCAUUACUUUUCUUUGGGUGGCAUUACAGUAUUUGUUUCUGGGUUCGGCUGAUCUCUUUACUUUAGCUGGAAUGAUGGAGUUUUUCUUCACCGAAGCUCCUUCGGGGAUGAGAUCUCUGGCCACGGCUCUCUCGUGGGCAUCACUCGCUAUGGGAUACUAUCUCAGUUCAGUUCUCGUAACAGUCGUUAAUGGAGUCACAAGUACAUAUCGUCACGGUUCUCCAUGGCUCUCUGGUGCGAAUUUGAAUCAUUACCACCUUGAGAGGUUUUACUGGUUUUUAUGUAUCCUUAGUGCACUCAAUUUAUUGCACUAUCUCUUUUGGGCUUCUCGUUACAAGUACAUAUCAACAAGCUUUCACACUUAAUAACUAUAGUAGAGAGCGAGUAAUAAUCUUGGUAUUUAUUACUAAUUAAAGAAUAAAUAAUAUCCAAGGAAAUUAAUUUUUUUUGAUAUCUCUAAAAAUAUUCUGAAAUUUAUAUGUA